GGCAUUUGUUUUCCUUUUCGUACACGAACUUGCGGUGACGAAAAGAUACUCAACGAAACGAAAACAUUAACAUCGUCAUUUGUGGAACGUCAAAGCAGUGUCUGAAAGUUGCAGCUGAUAUUAUUAAGAGCCAUAUUAAAGUAAAACAAUAACGAAAUGACUGGACGCGGAAAAGGUGGUAAAGGUUUAGGAAAAGGAGGCGCAAAGCGCCAUCGUAAGGUGCUACGUGAUAACAUCCAGGGUAUCACCAAACCGGCCAUUCGCCGUUUGGCUCGUCGUGGUGGUGUAAAACGUAUUUCUGGAUUGAUUUAUGAAGAAACACGUGGUGUAUUGAAGGUGUUUUUGGAAAACGUAAUUCGUGAUGCUGUCACCUACACCGAACACGCCAAGCGUAAAACGGUCACCGCUAUGGAUGUUGUAUACGCCUUGAAACGUCAAGGUCGCACCCUGUACGGUUUUGGCGGUUAAAUAUAAAUGCAUGUAUUAAAAUAUGGUAAUGGUUACCAAUUCCCAAUUCCCAACAAUGAAAUAAUUACUACAAACUUUGAAUUUAAAUGUAAAAUGUUCUCACUUAUUUAAAAAAAAAUGCACAUUUAUGGUGAAAUACAA